AUGGCCUGGUCAACACCCACACUCAGACUUCUCAUGAUCUAUCUCCCGUUCUUGCUGCACCUCGCACACAGCCAAACAACCUCAGCCGACUACUGCCAAGCGCUGGUCGACGUCCUCUCGAUCUGUCAACUCGAAACCUCGGGUUUCACCGCCCUGCCCUUCACGCAGCAACAGUCGUGUUACUGUGCCGAUACGUUGGGCACGCUGGCGUGGGGUCCUUCCACCUUCGACAAUAUUGCUUCGCUCUGCGCUUCGCAAUACGCUACUAUCGAUGUCACCAUCGCCAGCGACGCUAGGGUGCUCGAGGGUUUCUGCACUGACUAUGUCCCCGCGUCGCAGACCUCGGUGGCGCCACAGUCGUCAGUCGCUUCACUGACGGGAGCUGGUGUUGUGGCGACAGCGACGCCGCAAAACACGAUCCCCAGCACGUUCGCAAGCGUGACGAGUGUCGCGGGUGGGGCAGGCAGCGGUGCGCUCACUUCGGCAGGCCCAACGCCUAACUCUCCAGGGACGGAGAUCAGUGUGCUUACCGUGACGCAGACUUCUGUGCCGAUUUCGAGCAAGAAUGCGGCGGUGGGGGGGAUGUGUUGUCCGGGGAUGCAGGUUGUGGGCUAUGAUGUGGCUUUUGGUGCGGUGGUUCUCGGUGGAUAUCUGGUUGCAUGA